AUGGCGGAUCGCUUCUUCAGCAACGAGAUGCCGGAGUUCGUUGCGGAGGCCGAAGUUGAGGAGGCGGCGGCGGGGGGCGGCACGUCACUCCUGAAGCUCCUGUCUCUGCCUUUUCCCAGCGCCGCCGACCGGUUCCUGCGGGCGGGCCUCGAUCUCAAGGAGAAGGUUCGCUCGCUCUUCCGCCCGCUUCCUUCGUCUGCAGGCCGAGCGCUUGUCGUCUCCGAUCGGGCUCGAAGAGCACUUAGGGUUCUCCUCAGCCAUGGCCACUGAAUCCGAUUGCCCCCAUGGCGUCGGCCUAGGGUUUUGCAUCCAAAGUGGAGGUUCCUUCGCGGAGAGGAGUGGAUCAGUUCCUGCGCUGUGGCUCAUGUAUGCGUUUUCCUCUGUCAGAUUGUGGAGAAGACAUGGGCGGGCUGUGGCCGACGCGUGAGGGACUUCACCCUCUACACAGGUGCCCUAGGGACGGCCUUCCUCCUCCUCAAGGCGUACCAGGUUACCAACAAUAGGAGCGACCUCAGACUUUGCUCUGAGAUCGUCCAGGCUUGUGAUGCUGCCUCUCAAGGAUCCGGGUCUCUCUCUCUCUCUCUCUCUCUCUCUCUUGCCGGUGUUUUUUGUUACUUGUUUAAGCUUGAAUCUGCGCACAGAUACGUGACCUUUAUCUGUGGGAGAGCCGGUGUCUGCGCAAUCGGGGCUGUUGCUGCAAAGUGCGCUGGAGAUGAUGCAGCGUUGAACCAGUACCUGCGCUCCUUUAGAGAAGUAAAGAUCACUUCACUCCCAUGCCUCACUCUCAUGACUUGCAGAAGAUUCUCUCUCUCUCUCUCUCUCUCUACGAGCCUCAGCUUUACGUUUGCCCCGUGAUCUUCAGAUAAAUAUGCCCUCGGAUGUUCCCAACGAACUGCUGUACGGGAGAGCCGGCUAUCUCUGGGCGUGCUCAUUCCUCAACGAGCACAUCGGUCGGGAGACGAUCCCCAGUCCCCACACGGUAAGCCCUCUCUCUCCCUCUCUCUCUCUACUGGUCUGAGACGGAGGAGGUCACCCUGUUGAGAGUUUCAGGUUGGAGUCGCGAGGAAGAUCGUCAAGGAAGGCAGAGAUCUGGCCCGGAAGAUCGGGAGCCCCUGCCCGCUGAUGUACGAAUGGCACGGGAAGAAGUACUGCGGCGCCGCCCAUGGCCUGGCGGGGAUCAUGAACGCCCUGAUGACCGUCGAGUUGAGCCCAGAAGAUCGAGAAUCCGUCAGAGACACCCUCUUCUUCCUCAUCCGCAGUCGCUUCCCCAGCGGCAACUACCCCUCGAGCGACGGCUCCCAGUCCGACCGCCUGGUCCACUGGUGCCACGGCGCUCCCGGCGCCGCCCUGACCCUCGCCGGAGCACACAAGGUACCACUACUCCAGCGACUGUUUCUCCUCCUCCUUCUUCUUCUUCUUCUUCUUCUUCUUCUUCUUCUUCUUCUUCUUAUUUCAUGCAGGUCUUCGAGGAGGGGCAGUUCCUGCGGGCCGCCGGAGAUGCGGCGGCGUUGGUGUGGCGGAGGGGGCUCCUCAGGAGGGUGGGGAUCUGCCAUGGCGUCAGCGGGAACGCCCACGUCUUCCUCUCGCUCUACAGAGCCACCGGCGCGGCGGAGCACCUGUACAGGGCCAGGGCCUUCGCGAGCUUCCUCCUGGACCGUGCCGGAGAGCUGAUGGCGGCGGGGGAGAUGCACGGCGGCGACCGGCCCUACUCUCUCUUCGAAGGCCAGGCCGGCAUGGCCUUCCUCUUCCUCGGCAUGGCCCGGCCCUCCGAGUCCAGGUUCCCCGGCUAUGAAAUCUGA